AUGUCUACCAAGUACCCAGUUGGCUCUACGCCUAUUGCUAUAUUCAACGAAGAGGCCAAAAAGGGAAAGUCAGGUCUGCCCUUACGGAAAAGCUGUCAAUUUUGUCGCUCGAGGAAAAUCCGUUGUUCUGGUCACAGCAUCUGUAACGCCUGUCGAGAAAGAAAUAUCGAAUGUUCCUAUGGGGCUUGUGGGCAAAAGGGUCGCACUCGAGGUCCAACUAGACCUCCUAGUCAGGAGAACUUUCGUCUCAACUCAAGAACUCCAACACCAUCUCUAGAUACCUUCAAUUCGAGACGAAACUCAGAAGGACAAAUGUUAGGGCAGUUUCAUGAUUCUAAGAUAGACAUUUUGACCCCAUCCGUGGCUGUUAGAUUGGAGGAUAUGUUCAUCCGCUUAAUGGGUUAUGCCUCAGAAGGGAGAUCGAAUCACGCCGACCAACUUCUGGAUCGUUUGUCAGAACGAAUCUCAACUAGCAAUAUGCCCCAUAUCUCCGCACAAAAUCAUCCCCCGAAGCCUCUUUCAUACGAUACCGUUUUCUCCACCUUUGCUCCAGAUCUUAUAGAAAUCGUUUCUUCUCGAUUCCACCACUUUGACUACCAUGGACUUGACCUAUCCCGCAGCCGGUAUUUUGCUAGAACGUUUCUGACAGACACAUCUACGACUAUGUUCAAGGAUGGCUUUACCACCAGUGAUAUUUAGCCAACAAGACCCCAUGAUAACCCCUUAGAGAAGUUUAAUGGCUAUUUACCAACGCAACUUCUCGAAAUCUGGUUUUCUCAACAUCCAUUUUCAUUCUUGGUUUCCAAGACACUUCUGCUGAGGAAUAUCAGGAACGGAACCCAGUAUGAAAUCCUGGUUGCCGCAAUGCUUGCUGAUGUGCAGUAUGGCCAACGAAACGAGCCCGAUUAUGGCGAGGGAGGAAAACUGUUCAAUUGGAUCACAUUGAAGUUGCAAGAAAUAGCCGAAGACGAAUUUAGUCUGUCGGCAAUUCAGGCCGUCAUACUGCUUGGAUGGCGCUGUCUAUGCUUUGGGAACGCAAGACGUGCACUUUGCUAUCUGUUUUGGGCUGAGGAGGCACUUUACUCACUACCAACACCACAGACAGGGGUCAAUACCAUUAAUGGCAUCGAUGUUGGCAAAAUCGAACAAGAAUCGUAUCGUAAUGCAUCCUGGCUUGUCUUCUUCAUCAAGCUUUGGGCAAUGCUUCAAUUGAACAUUACCGGAUACGAAAGUCCACCACCCGGUCCUCCACCUUCCAUCUCGACAGAUGAAAGUAGCUUACAGAGCUUCAAGUUAGACCGAGCUUCUCACAACCUUGCAACACUUCAAACACAAGAACGAAUGUAUCGAGAAAUGUGUUUACUUGGUCACGUGACAUAUAUUACCGGCCGCGUCCUCGCUACAUAUACACCUGAAGAGAAGACGGAUCGACCCAGGAUUUAUCAAUCUUCCAAUUCCCAGCCCAAUCAAGGUUUCAUGAAUAUGCCCAAUACCUGUCUAACGAUUCAUGCUGAGCUCCUUGGCUCCUUUCCAAGUCUCAAAAACGACCUACAAUACAGUACUGGUUACCAUCACGGGCUGGCUCUCUGCGCAUCGCAUACACUGCUCAUACACAGUCUCGUCUACAAAAUGAAUUCGGACGUGUAUAAAAGUACCACGAACUCCACACAUCUCAUUGCUAUGGGCAGUCUUUGUCAACCAAUCCUUGAUUUCUGCGCGUCAGCAAAAUCAUUAUUAGAAUUCUUUUCGACUUUCCAUAAUACCGACUAUGAAGGAGCCAACACUAGUAGCGCAUUGAUGUCACAACAACUGCCAAACAAACACGAUCUCCUCGCUCUCUCACUCAACGCAUGCGGGCAAGCGAUGAACACAAUAUACAUCCAAGGUCAAAACGGCACCGAAAUGGUGCGUAAUUGCAUCAGGGAAAACGCUUCUGAGCUCGCUCGACUGGCCACCGAGCUUCGCGCAUUCAGCAAAGACUUCUGCUUCAUUAGCACCCGUCUCAAGGGCGCCAAAAAACUGCCGAAAAAUGCUAUCUACCAGUUCACAGCCCCUCAAAUGGGCCUUUCCGGCUCAUAUACAUCUGCGAGUACUCCUUCUCGUAUGGGAUCCUUGAAGAUUCCUGAAGCUGAACUUAAUGCUGCUUUUGAUCAUACGGACUUCUCGUUUGGCUAUGAUCAUGCGAGUUAUUCUGUCGCGGGAUUUCACGGGUAUGGGCUACCGAUGAUGUCGGAUAAUGGUUAUAACGCUGGAAAUAUUGAAUAA